CUACUGUCAAUACCUGUAUAAUUUUAAUAUUGUUCAUAUUUUUAUCUUUUUUAUAUUUUGUGAAUUGUUAAGCCGAUACCCUCUCCCAAACGUGAUCGUUGUCGUCGGUGUGUCUCGCCCGGUGUGUAACAACAAAAUUGACGCUUUCUUCCCUUUUUAGUCGUGGUAUUUUGGCUGUGUGCGUACAGCCAACAUUAUUUUGUUUUUUUCCGCGUGUGACAUUGUUUUUUAAUUAUGUAUUAACUUUUGUAAGGCGUCGGCCAUUUUCCGGGGCCGAGAUCCCCAUCUUCGGAUGAGUCCCAUCCGGGACUGGGUAUCGUAAAUAUUUUUUUUCGUAGUACAUUAAUGUUUUGAGCCUUUUUAUGUUAAAAUUUAUUACUUAUAUUAUACAUGUAUUUUUUUUUCUCUGCUCAUUAUUUACUAUGAGCUAGUAUUGAUAUUUAUAAGGUUAUUGGUCAGUGGUGUGUCAUGUAUACUUAAGACAUAUAUAUAUAUAUAUUAUUCCCGCAGUUCCCAAGUACGGUCCGGCCGGCCAGAUUACAAAAAUCGACAAAAGAAGACACUUCACGUGUACUGUCUAAAAGUUGUAUAGUCAUUUUGAAGAAGUUUUGAACAAAAUAUUACAAGAUAUGCCUUCAAAUCCUGUGGAACAAUUUGAAAACUACAGCAAAAUGGUGAAACAGACAUAUAUUAAUUUAGAUACUAGAUUUGAACGAGUUUACGUAGACAACAUAAACGCUGCAGACUGUCAAAAAAAUUUGGAAAUAUAUAAAUGUGCCCUGAAGAAACAAAUGAAAAAACAACAAAAUUACUUUCAGAGUAAAAUGAACAAAGAAGUCAAAUGUCCAAAAAAUACAGUGGAUGUUUUAGAAAACACUUCUUCAUUCGAAGAUAAAUACGUACAGAAUCUUUGGGAAGCUAAUUACAUGUUCAGAAAAGCUGGAUAUGGACUGUCUAAUAAUGAAGUGUCUCUAAUAGCCAUAUUAUUGAACCAAAUGUCUGAAAUGAACAAAUUUCGUAGUCUCAGAUAUUGGGGCAAGAUUUUCGGUAUACAGAAGAACUAUUAUAUUAUCGAGUGUGAAUGGUCAGAUAUUGAAUUACAACGUAGAUUAUCGAAAGAAAAUUUAUCCAUAGAAGAAGAAUUUACUAAGUCCAAUAAUAACUAUCAAUUUGGUGACAAUUUAAAUGUUGGUAAGUAUCCUUUAAGUAUAUCCAAUUUUAACGACACGAAAAUCAAUGAUCAAGAAAAAUUAAAUUCAAAUAACACUCAAAAUCAAAAUAAUAUUCAAAGUAAUUUCAUCAACUCAGACAUUACAAUAAAGGACGUACUAAGCACAAAUACUUUAUGUGGUGAUAAAAAUGUUAUACCACCAGAAAUUUCGGGAUUUGGCAACAAUAAAAAUGUAUAUUUCGUGACUAAUGAUCUAAACGAAAAAUGGAUCGAAUUACCAUCUGUUAAAUCCAAUCAUAUCAUCGAAGCAAAAAUGAUUAAAUAUUUCUUUACUGGAAAUCUAAACGCCAAAAUGGACACACGACCUAUUUUCAAUGGGUAUGAAAUACACUAUUUAAGAGCACAGAUAGCUAGAAUUUCAGCGAGUACGCAUAUAUGUCCUAGUGGUUAUUAUGAAAUCAGUUUGGAUGAAGGAAAUAAUUUCCAGAUUCCUUUUUCAAUAGUGAAGUCUAUUCCACAGCUGUCUAAAAAAUUUAUAACUAAUUGUGUCAAGAACAAGAAUUUUGAACCCAUCUCCAAUUUAAAAUUACUUCAACCAGAAAAUUGGGUUCACUAUAAAUCUAAAAUUGGAAAAAACGGUUUCACAAAACAGUGGACCCAUUGGUUAAUGUCAAAAUCAUUUAUAUCUGAGAAUAAUAGCAACUCCAAAAAAGAGAAUAACGAUAAUGUACAAACUGAGGAAAAUAUUAGUGAUUACGAUGAAGACUAUUCAGAUUCUGAAUCUGAUUUAUUUGAAAAUUUAUCUAAAGAUAUGACAGAAAAUAAGAAGGCUUGGAAAGGAGAACAAUGUUCCCCUUAUUUGCCAAAUGAUUCUUAUAUUGCCAUGAAAUCGAAUAUAUGGCCAGGAGCUUUUGCAGUAGCGUAUAAACAUCAAACAGAAUUGUUGUAUGUGGGAUGGGGUCAAAAAUUUGACAUAGAAUGUUAUACACCUUUAAUUGAACCUUGUGGUUCAGAAUUUUUGGAUGAAAACAAUUUAAUUGAAAUUCAAGAUCCGACAUAUUACCAAGAACAGGAAUACUAUACUUAUCAAGAAAAAUUGGCUGCUUGUAAUUUAUUGUUAGAACAGUCCAGUGGAGAUGUUUAUGAAGAAGAUGAAAGAAUUUUAAAAAACUAUAAUUACGACUAAUACAAAUAAAAAUUUUAUAUUACGUGUUGUUGAUAAUUACUAAUUAUAUAACUAUAAUUAUAUAAGAUAAGAUUACUCAUGUAUUAAUAAAUUGUCAUAUUUGAAAUACAAAUACA